AGCGGCUGCAGGGACGGCGGUGUGUCGGCCCAGCUGGAAGGUGUCAACAGCCGGAGCCUGGAGGGCGGUUGGGGCGGAGGCUGCUCGUCUCCCGGAGGGCCCCCCUGCGCGGACCCCGUGGCUCUGCAUGGAAGCGCCGGAGGGGCUCCUUCGCCUGAGGAGGCCGGACAGGGAAUGUGGUGAAGGAAGGUAAUGACACUUGAAAAGAUGGUGUUGGAGUAUCUCAGUGUCUCGCUUCAAAAUUGCCUUCUGUUGUUGCUUGCCCAUUGAUUCAGAUUGUACUUUGACUGUCAUUGGUGCCAGGUUUCUGGACUUGGACAGAGGGCUCUUAGAAAGAGAGCAUGAAGCAAAUGAAAGAUGCUGGAAAAGGGUGCCCUCAGCUUUGAACGACAUUAUCAUGUGACAGACCCAUUCAUCCAGCGCCUGGGAUUGGAGGCAGAGCUGCAGGGCCACACUGGUUGCGUGAACUGUCUUGAGUGGAAUGAAAAGGGAAACUUGCUGGCUUCUGGCUCUGAUGAUCAGCACACAAUUGUGUGGGAUCCCCUACAUCAUAAGAAGCUCCUUUCCAUGCACACAGGCCACACAGCAAACAUAUUCUCUGUCAAGUUCUUGCCACAUGCCGAGGAUCGGGUACUCAUCACUGGGGCUGCUGAUUCCAAGGUGCAUGUCCAUGACUUGACUGUGAAAGAAACCAUCCAUAUGUUUGGGGAUCACAAGAACAGAGUCAAGCGUAUUGCCACAGCCCCCAUGUGGCCCAACACCUUCUGGAGCGCAGCAGAGGAUGGCCUUGUCAGACAGUAUGACCUGCGAGAGAACAGCAAACACUCAGAAGUCCUGAUAGAUCUGACAGAAUACUGUGGACAGCUUGUGGAGGCAAAGUGUCUUACUGUCAACCCCCAGGACAAUAAUUACCUUGCAGUUGGAGCCAGUGGGCCUUUUGUACGGAUCUAUGAUAUACGCAUGAUUCACAACCACAGGAAAACAAUGAAACAGAAUCCCACAGCUGGAGUCCAUACGUUCUGUGAUCGUCAGAAACCUCUCCCUGAUGGCGCAGCUCAGUACUAUGUAGCAGGGCAUCUUCCAGUGAAAUUACCUGACUACAAUAACCGGCUAAGGGUUUUGGUAGCUACAUAUGUCACUUUCAGUCCUGAUGGUACAGAGCUCUUGGUCAACAUGGGAGGGGAGCAGGUUUACUUAUUUGACCUGACGUACAAACAGCGGCCAUACACUUUUCUUCUGCCAAAGAAGUGCCACUCUUCAGGAGAGGUGCAGAAUGGAAAAACAUCAACUAAUGGAGUGUCAAAUGGCAUCCAUCUCCACAGCAAUGGGUUUAGGCUGUCUGAGGGACGAGCGCAUGUGAGCCCCCAAAUGGAUCUCCCUCCCUACUUGGAGAAAAUUAAGUUGCAAGCCAAUGAGGCUUUUGCUUGUCAGCAGUGGACUCAAGCCAUCCAACUUUACAGCAGAGCUGUGCAGAAAGCCCCCAACAAUGCCAUGCUGUAUGGAAACAGAGCUGCUGCCUACAUGAAGCGCAAGUGGGAUGGGGAUCACUAUGAUGCUUUGAGAGACUGCUUGAGGGCCAUUUCCUUGAACCCUUGCCAUCUCAAGGCUCACUUCCGCUUGGCCCGUUGUCUCUUUGAGUUGAAGUAUGUGGCAGAAGCCCUGGAGUGUCUGGAUGACUUUAAAGGGAAAUUCCCUGAGCAAGCCCACAGCAGUGCCUGCGAUGCUCUGGAUCGAGACAUCAAUGCAGCCCUCUUUUCUAAAAGCGAUAAUGCGGAAGACAAGAAAGGGAGUGGCCCCAUCUGGCUCCGAGCAACUGGGCGCAAGGAUUCCAUCUCCGAGGAUGAGAUGGUGCUGAGGGAGCGCAGCUAUGACUACAAGUUCAGAUACUGUGGCCAUUGCAACACCACCACGGACAUCAAAGAGGCUAACUUUUUUGGCAGCAAUGCACAGUACAUUGUCAGCGGCUCUGACGAUGGUUCCUUCUUCAUUUGGGAGAAAGAAACAACCAACUUGGUGCGGGUACUGCAAGGCGAUGAAUCUAUUGUCAAUUGUCUCCAGCCUCACCCGAGCUACUGCUUCCUGGCCACCAGUGGCAUCGACCCCGUUGUACGGCUGUGGAAUCCCCGGCCGGAGAGUGAAGCACUGAAUGGGCGGGUGGUGGAAGACAUGGAAGGAGCUUCCCAAGCCAACCAGAGGAGAAUGAAUGCCGAUCCUUUGGAAGUGAUGCUGCUGAACAUGGGCUACCGGAUCACAGGACUGACUGGCGGUGGGGCUGGAGGCUCGGAUGAUGAAGACAGCUCUGAAGGGCAGGUCCACUGCCGGACCAGCUAAAGCCGAAUCGCCUCUCCUUCCCUUAAUUUUGUUUUUGUUUGUUUGUUUGAAGGGAAAUCUAGUUUGCCCAGUUUGAACUCUGAUGAACGACUGCACUGUUUCCCACUAUGCACAGAGUAGGACGCGCCAGCAGGGGCAGGAGUGGCUUUCCUUAAACUGCUGCUGCUGUUUCUUCCCCUUUGCCUCGUUCCACUUUCGAGCAGCAUGGUAAUGCAGCCUGUUGAGUUUUGCCUCCUAGCAGAAUCUAGUCUGUGCCGGGAUUUAUUUUCCACGUUGUCAGUGAGCAGUGUAAAAACUGGUUACCAUCCCCUUUCUCCAGUGCUGCUGCCUAGCCAGGAGGGUAGGAGGCCUUGCCUACGCAAACGCGUGUUGCAGACAGGAUGAUAAAAACUCAAUAAAAAUGUAAACUAGGGCAGGGGUGAUGGAAUGGCGUCUGAUGCAGUAGUCUGUCUCCAAAGCUUGGCUUUGCCUGCUCUGCUGCUAGCUGCAGGCCCAUAGUUUGGCCUUCUUGGCAUCUCUUUCAGCCUAAAGGACUGCUGAUGAGCAUUCGCAUCUAAGACCUGAUCACGAGAAACUGGCUGGAUAAACAUGGGCAGCCCAGGUAACAUGGCUGUGGAGGUGCAAAGAAUGAACUUUUCUGGUAUCCAAUACUUUUAUUUCUUCCACACGCAGAGAAAGACAGAAAUGGCUGUAACUGAAAGAAGCCCCAGCACAGGGCUUGGUGGCUUACAUGACUCGAACUAGUAAAAAGACUUGAUGUUGCUGCUCUUUGGAAAACGUU